AUGAACUCAGCCAAGUUUUACUUCUCCAUAAUCUACACCUCCGUGCUCUUUCUUCUCAGUUUAUACCUGGUGAAUUCGCGGGAAGCGGAAGGCAAGCCGGGUCCUUCAAAGAACACGAGUCCAAAGGUUGACUACAUCCUGAACUACGAUUACGGCGAACUCGGCAACGCGGAUGGGGAGGAUGAUAUUGACGACUCAGUUGCCGAAGAUGGAAUCAGGGUUGGAAAAGAUGGCUUUUCUAUUCAAGAUAGUUCGUGCACUCCGCCAGGGGGAAUGGUCUUUCUGAAGAAGCACAAGUCCGCUUCCAGUACGCUACAGACAGUAGCAAAGAACUUCUGCCGCUACUACUCAAUGCCUGGCGAGUCCCCUCCCGUCGGUUCCGUUUCCGGCGGCUAUCCAGGCCCCUUCCAGCCCGAAUUCCUCGGCUCCCCUCGCCACCCAAAGCCCUACGCAAUAUCGACUCACCAAGUGUUCAACCUCGAGGUCGAGAAAGCAAUCUUUCCAGAAAACGCGUUCUUCCUCACUUCAGUUCGCGAGCCACUUUCGCUCUUCAGAUCCAUGUUUGAGUAUUUCUACCGCCGCUGGGAUUCAGAAGCCGCAGUCAGAAAUCGAAAAUGCGGGUUUACGUGCUGGGGCGCUCCUUAUGCGCACUGGUUGGCGGAGGAGGCGGACGGCGGCGUUCGCUUUGGCGCUGAGAUCUCGGAAUAUCUCGAUCGUCUGCCAAAGAUUUUCAAUAAGAGCGCGCCCUGGGCUUUUAGGGCGAAAAACUUCCAAGCGUUUGAGCUUGGUCUCGACUGGACAAGAGACGACAAAAAGUACGUGAGUGGGAAGCUGAAUGAGCUGGCAAAAGCCUUCGACCUGGUCGUCCUAUCGGAGUACUACUACGAAAGCUUAGUCCUUCUGCGCGAAAGACUCUGUCUCCCGUGGCAAGCAAUGUACGCCCGUUCCCGCAUGGUUUCGAAGCCUUACACCAAGGAGCCUUUCACGUCGUCGCAGUCGAAUACGUUGAAGAAGUUCUACGCCCAAGACUUUCAAAUUUACAAAUACUUCAAUCAGACGCUUCAGAAAAAGAUAACAACGUACGGCCGCGCUAGAAUGAGCCACGAUGCCAGGAAGCUGCGGCAAAUGUACGCACUUUGCGACAAACAGCCGAAGCGAUGCUCGUUUUCGCGCCCGCAAGCCGCGAAGAUGACGAAGGGCGAGCCGGUGGACAACAGCGUGGUGAACACGAGCGCGCUGGUGGAGUACAUGGAAGCGCACCAGGGCUCCUGCGAGUGGGGAGCCUUCGCGAAGCUGAAAGCCAACGAGCCGACCGGCUGCGGACAAGACGAGAUCCUCUUUCCUAACCUUUGA